ACAAGCAACAGAGUAUUCAAAAUUGGCUCAACACUAACUGCACAUCCCUUGUGAAUGAAGAUAGGCCUCCGAGUCCACAGAAACCAGCAAUCGGGCAGAGGAUGAGCAGUACAGAAGAUGACUUAAUGCUGGGUGUCGAAGCCACAAUAUACACAAGUGCACUACAAAACAUGACCUUCAAAGAAUAUGUGAGAACCUUCCACUCUGAAAAACAUACACUGGGAAGAAUGAACAGUACAGCUUCAGCAACUUCCGUGAGCAUUGGGCCCCAGAGUGUUUUUGAAUUUCUGGAUGUCUGGCACAGUGACCCCGAGGAAAUUCUUCUUGACCUUGGUUUUGGUGAAGAGGAACCUGAAAUCCUAACCAAAAUACCAGGCCGAUUCAUCUACGGCUCCUCUGUUGCAACUGGAAUAAAUAUAAGAGUCUUUCUGGAUGCUCUGAAGCUACGAAUGGAAAUGGAAAACCUUGAUUUAUACAAAAUAGCCACCCAGAAUUCAUCACCUGAGCUCGUUGUGGAGACGCACACCUUGGAUGCCAUAAAGGAACGCAGAGCACUGCUGAGAAAAAUGUCACAAAGUAAACAGAAAAACAUUAAGGAUUCUCAAACACUUGAAAAAAGCAGAGAAAGUAAAGAGAAUACAAUGAAAUCUUUGAAAAGAGACAGAAAAAAUUAUUUCCUCUACAAGCAUCAAUUUAUUCCCGAAGAUGACAGCAUCUUAUCACCAUUAACAGUAGGACAGAGUGGAGAGCCGAAAAAGGCACCCGAUUUGCUUCUUGAUUUAAAGAUGUCCCAAGAUGAUCCCCUGCUGGAAACAUCUGCCAAAGAUAAAGACGGCGAUAUGCAGUUUCUAAUUCCCCAAGCAAAGAAGCUGAAGUGCAUCAUGAAUGAUCAAUUACCAGAUUCCUUUGAAAUGGAAGAGAUGCAGAGCUUUGAUGAAGAUAGUUCUCUAAGAAUGCUUGCCAACAAAAUAUGUCUAGAUCUGAAAAGAGAAAACAGUUGUCAGUCGGAUAGUAGUGGAUUUGUGGAAGAGCCAUUCAUUCCAUCACAGAUUCUGCAUACAUUGAAAAACUUUGGCUGGGACAGCCGAGCCUCCUCACAAGAAAGCAAACAAUGGCCUGUCCAUGUCAGCAAUCCAGGACAAGCAACAGACAACAUUACUGAUCCAACCUCACACUCUGCAUCUACUGACAGUGAUCAAUCAAAGUGUUCAGAAGCAUCCACAACAUUGCAUAUUUCUGAAGAACAGGAAAAAAUUACGGUGGAAAAUCUUGAUCACAAUCCUCAUGCCUUUGAUGAUCAUCAGAGGAUAACAUGCAUUGAUAAAGUCACAGGGGAAGAAAGUGAACUAAAUGACAACAAUAGUCAUUUGCCCACAACACCUUUUAAGGCUACAGAGCAUGAUUCCAUUGCUGAUGCAGAUGUCUGGAAAAAUAACCAGACCCAGAAGGAAAAUGAUGAUAUCGACAACCAAAAUAAUAACUCUGUAAGCAUUAAUGCAAUAAUUGUGAACAAUAUACCUGCAAUCCAGCAGGAGCCCAGCCUCCAUUUACCACAUUACACUGCUUUAAGCAAAUUAGUGACCAUCCAAAUUCCUCAGGAACAAUUGCCAGAAAUUAUCACAGACGUUGAUUUGUCAGACCCACAACCACUUUUAUUUCAGUUAAGUGAAGACCCUGUCAAACAAUCUGCAUUUCAAGAAAGUGGCAAGUUGAGGGAUGCUUCAGUGCAGACUAAGGAUAACACUGGAGAGCUCACUGUUAAAACUAGCCAACCUGACCAAAUUAAGAUGUUUCAAUCUGUCAGAAAAUUUACGAAAUCAGUUUCACUGGAUACCGGACUACAUAUUGUCGAGCAGAAUACUCAGAACCAAACUGCUAUCACUCCAGUUCACUGCCUUUGCUGUCACCAUUGUUCCUGUGUUCAACAUUGUUCAUCAAUAUGCUUCAAAACUAGCAAUAUGAAAUCCCCAUCAAAGAUGGCUAUGUCACACUCAGAGGCACAGCUCAUCAAAACUUUACAGCAAUUGCAACAAACUGCAAGAGUUAUCUCUGGAUCUCCGCAGGUUCUACGAGAAAUAGAGACCAUGAAGAAAUGUCUGCGGGGUUUUCGGAAUAGAUUGGUGGAUAUCGAGCAGGACAUCAUUGAACAGCAGGCUUCAGUCUACAGUGUUUUAACUGAACAAGAGAGAGAUGAAGUGAAACGACUGCAAACACUACGACGUGCAGUUCGUCAAGAGGUCACAGAAAUAGAGGAUCAGCUUGAGGAUCAGGCUCGACAAGUUGGAGAAGCAAUGAAAAUGCAGUUGCUGAGUUUGCUGGACGAACAGUCUUCUCUGUGCUCGUACGUGGAAAUGAUGAAGCAAACAAGGGAUUUUGGAUCACAUAGCCAGCAUCGUCCUUCAUCCAUCUGCAUGGCACCUAUGCCAGCAGCAGUCAGCAUCUCACAGGAGCUGGAAUCAAAUGCGGGAAGGAGUAUUUCAAUCCAUUCUACGUUACCACAAUGUCCUAUCAAUUCACCAGUAACUUCAGCCUCAAUUAAAACUGAUACUGAAGUCUGUUCAGAAGCUGCCAAAGGUACAGAUUUAUCCGAAAAAAAGCAAGACCGUCAAGCAGAAACAUUGGAUUUUAAAAACAUCCUAAAACAUAUUAAACAAUCAUUUAAACAUCUCAGAUCAGCUGGCUCAGAGAAGACUGAAAAUACUAAAUAAAGAUCCUUCACAUUAUGCUACCUGGCCUGCUGAGUGUUUCCAGCAUUUAAAAAAAAUUAUUGAUGGAAUUUGUUUGCUUCUUAAAGUUUGAGAGCAAUGCAAGGACUGCUGGACUAAGUCAGAACAUGCACACUCUCAGAAACAUUGGCUCAGGCUUCUUGCAGGUUGCCCUCCUGACACUUGAUCAGAAGUCAAAAUAAAACAAGAUCAGCAUC